AUCUGGCCGUGUAGCUGUCUGUCAAAGCUAUUCUGCCCUCCCUUGGGGUGGCAUGUACACCAACAUAUUCAGUGACUUGCCAGAUCAAGUUAUCCUUGGGACCUUUACACCUUUUGGAUGUGGUAGUAUUUCUUUUCCUAAGGGCCAAAUAAUAUCAAUGAUGUUUAAUGAGGAUGGAGGCCUGGUGAUCAACAAAAAUGGAUACACUGUAAGAGAAUGGGCAUGGCCUUCAAAGGGAAAACUUGAUGAUCCUGUUGAAAUUUCGGUGAAUGCAUUCAUCACAGUGAAGAUUUCUGGGCGCUUUGCCAUCUCCUUGGUCUACAAAUGGUAUCCUCAAAGCCUAAAGCUGUCUCUGGCACCUGUAAAACGCAGGUCCUCCAGGUUUCCUCCACACACCCCUGAGACACCAUUCCCUGAUGUCAAUCCCAUCUCCAAAGAAGCCAGGGAGCUAUUCAAGGCCUACAAAAUGAAGUGCAAGCUAAUGAAAUCCAUAACUCAGAUCAAAGAUCGUUCAAGUUUGUCAGGUGCAGCGGAUACUGCUACAUUUGAUACAGCAAUGGACAUAAGCCCUAUGUCUGACAUUGCGGCAGUUAUUAAAUUAAGAAGACUACAGAGAAAAGCCAAGCACAUCCUAUUUAACUGGCUGGAUUACUACAGAUUUUCAUUGGGAAUAGAAUGUCUGCACAUGUGCAAAGUGCCCAGGUUUCAACCAAAAGUGGUCAGGAAACAAGAAGUCUCCCCAGCAGAAUUUCUUCUGAAACCAAGUGCAAAGGAAAAAGAUGAGAAUAAGGAGUAUCUUCUAUACAGAAACACCUUCCUAAAACUGAAGGGUGUCUUUCAGCCUUCGCCUCUCCCUUGCAUCCAGAAGACCGCAGCCAGCAAGUGUUCCUUCCGGCUUCCCCUUCCCAUUCAGAGCAAGGAUGGGCAGUUUGCUCCCCAUCUGGCUUGUCCUGUGGUCCUAAGGAGAAUGCUCUGUGGGAAGGAAGGGCCCAUUUGCCGAUGUAGCACUUACAGCGUUCCCGAAGUGACAGACCUGGAGUAUGAUCACCUUAUAAACCAGCAACUGUCCUCUAUGGACCAGAUUAUUAUAGUCUAUGUCUUCUCAGCUAAGGAAAAGGACAAGACUAUGAAGGAAGUGAACAAAGUGUACAGGGAACAGAAUAAAGCUAGAAAUAUGCCUUGUACUCAGAGUCGUUUGGAUUCCUUUCGAUUUCUCAAAUACAACAUAAUCUCUGCAUCUAAAUUUACAGGCAGCAAUUAUCCACUUCUGGUUCAAAGGCACAAUGUCAUUCCAGGAAUUUUUUUGAUGUACAUCCAAGGAAAAUUACUAUUUGCCAACUUUAUUUUCAAUGGUUACAGCACAUCUGCUAAAGACCUUCAGAAGCAAAUUGUGAAGACAAGGGGUGAUUAUCAUAUGGGAUAUUUCCUACCCAGUGACUUCAGAAUCCGGGCUCAACCUACUUCAUGUUUUGGAAAUGAAGAUAUACUUCUCUAAAAAUAAAAAUUAAACAACAUUAAAAAAAAAACCUCACCAAAGAAAUUCUU